UCCUUCAAUCUGCUGUUAGUAACUAACACGCACUCACUCACACACACACACACACUCACACCGAGACUCAAUUACUGCCCAAUUCCCUUCUUUAUCAUCUCCGGCUACUGGCCUCUAACGACAGCACAAAAUCGAGAAAGAAAAGAAACAUUAGCUAGAUAUUAUAAAUAAUACUCGAAAAACAGGAUAACGGGGAUUACGUAGCCAGAAGUGUCGAAACUAAGUUUGCAGGGCAGUGAUGUCACAGAACUGAAGACACUCUCAAACAAUAUGGAGUCCGGAGAGCAGCUGUCCGCCUCGCCGUCAGCCUCGUCCUCCGCGCACGCGGCCGCCUUCUCUCCCGCCGCACGCUCGUCCGCCCCGUCCGCCAAGAGCCCCCUGGUGCCCAGCCAAACCACCCUGGGAUCCACCCUCUCCACCUGUGGGCAUCUGUUCCGGCAGGCCAGCGAACAGCCGUUCAACAUGUCCACCGUCUCAAGUGCCUUCCCCGUGGUCAGCCACCCAGGCUUCGGCCUCUACACCACCAGCUCGGGGCGCUCCGAGUUCGGGGGCCUCGGCACCUUGGGCGUGUCCGCCGCCCUGGCGGCUCAUCCCCAGCUGGGGGCUUUUCCAGAAUGGUGGCGAAGCACAGAGGCUCACGGGCGGGGCCCCACCUCCUUCUUCCCCCCUCUCCUGGGCUUACCCCCCUUCUUCACAGCCCCCGUCCAGAACCACGAAUCCGACCCCUUUCUGACCCGGGGCCCCAGCAAGAACGGACAAGGCAGUCCCAAAGGUGUGAACAGCGCAGUGAACGGAAGCAGCAUCUCUGCCUCCUCGCGGGGGACCUCUUCUAGCACAGCCUCCCCGGCGCUGGGGAACCCCCAGCAGGCCAAAGCCGCCAACUCCAGCAGCAGGAGCCACAAGAGCAACCAGGACAAGGCCGAGCAGAAAACUAAAGAGAAGAAACCCUGCAAGAAUGCGACGGGGAGCUCCAGUAACAGCGACAGCGAAUCGGGGUCCUCCUCGGACUCCUCCAGCGACGGGGUGAGCAGCAGCGAGUCCGACGACCUGGAGGACGACGACGACGACGACGACGAAGACGAGGAGGAGGAUCCCAGCAACGAAAGCGAAGACUCCGACCUGGAUAAUGAGGCCCCGGGGAAGAGGAAGGGAAAGGGGGCCGUGCAGAGCGGGGGCGAGAGCAGGGAGGACCGGGAGCAGCAGGAGAAGAAGAGCGGCCAGCGGCGGGGCUUCCCUGCCGAAGCGGCCGGCCACGCCUACCGCCCGCCCCAGCUGGCCCCGCCCCUGCCGGCCGCGCCCCAGCCGGCCCCUCCCCAGCCCGUCGCCCUGGUCUUCCCCAGCUCCAAGGCCCGGGAGGAGGGCAAGCCGCACCAGACGGUGAUCCAGGCCACGGGGCUGGCGUCCGCCGCUAAGCCCCUGGCCCUGGUCACGCAGCCCCGCGGGGAGGGCUCGGCCUCGCCCUCGCCCAAGCCCCUCCCCCUGUGCCCCUCCCCCAAACCCGUGCCCCUCCCCCUCCCCCUCUCCCUCUCCGCCUCGCCCAAGCCGCUCUCCCUCACCCUCUCCCCCAACUCCAAACCCAAAUCUCUGACCCCCUCCCCGAAGCCCCCGACUCUCUCCCCUGAAGGCGGGAGGGCUAGCAGCAGGACCCUUCCAGACGAGACCCUCCCACAGCUCAUCGAUUUCAGACUGAAGCAGCCCUUCCUCUCCCAGGUUUUUCCCCUGCAGCUGAAGAAACCACAGGACCUCCACAAGACUCAGAAGAAGGGGGGGUCAUCGACGCUGCCCCCUCCGAAACUCUUCCCUGAAACCCUGGUCAGCCCCAAGCUCCCACUUCCCCACAACAACCACUCCCACCUCUUCCUCUCCAGCACCCUCCUUGGGCACCACCACCCCAACGGCAUCAUCCAAAGCACCAUCCAGGAAGCCCCGCUGGCCCUCAUCACUAAACCCCGCGGCCAGGCCAGGACCCCGGACAAGCCCCUCCCCUCGGCCCCGGCCGCCGCCCCCUCCUCUGCGCCCGUCAACCUGAGCACCGGGGGCAAGAGCCACUCAACACAGCCAUCUACCUCACCUGCCCCGGCCCUCGGGCUGGGGAAGAACUGGAUCCCCAAGGCCACGCCCGCUAGCAAAGGGCUGUCCCAGAGCCACCUCGCGCAGUCUCUGGUGGACCUGUUUCGGGGGACCGAGUCCGACAUCCCCAGCAGCAAGGACUCGGACGACUCCAUUGAGGACGAGAACGACGAGGACGACGACGAUGAGGAUGAGGAGGAAGAGGACGAAGAGGAUUCGGAUGACAGCCCGUCAGUGUCAGAUAGCAAUCUGGACACUGACUCAGACGGUUCGGAGGAUGACACAAAGGACCACGACGAAACAGAAACCGACACAGAGGGAGAGAAAACCCCGCUGAAGCUGACCAAGUCCACCUCCUUACUGGACACUACUUCCAACCGCUCUGCGAACUGCUCCCCUCUUAACCUCAUCAAGACACCUAGCUUGGCCACGCCCUCCCUCCUGACCAGCUCUGGUGCCUUGACCUAUCACAGCGCCCCGUCUUCCUCGUACACUCUCUGCAUGCCACCAGCACCUGGAAAACGGAGGAGAGUGACAGACGAGCGGGAGCUGAGAAUACCUCUAGAAUUUGGGUGGCAGAGGGAAACCCGCUUCAGAAACCAGAGCGGGCGCCUGCAGGGCAACGUGGCGUACUACGCCCCCUGCGGGAAGAAACUGCGCCAGUACCAGGACGUGGUGAAGUAUCUAUCCAGAAAUGGAAUAAGUGACAUCACGCGCGAUAAUUUUAGCUUCAGUGCAAAAAUAAGGGUUGGUGACUUCUAUGAAGCCAGAGAAGGACCUCAGGGCAUGCAGUGGAGCCUGCUGAAGGAGGAGGAGCUCCUUCCCCGGAUCCUGGCCUUGGACGGGCGGCGGGGGCGUCCCUCGAACUCGGAGCACCAGCAGCCCGGCGACGACUCCUCCCCCCGCUCCCGACGCAGGAAAGGCCGGCCCCCCAACGUGGGCGAGGCGGAGUUCUCCAACGCCAAACUGCUCCGCAAGCUGGAAGCCCAAGAAAUAGCCCGGCAGGCGGCUCAGAUCAAACUGAUGCGGAAGCUGGAGAAGCAGGCGCUGGCACGCGCGGCCAAGGAGGCCAGGAAACAGCAAGCAAUCAGAGCCGCAGAGGAGAAGAGAAAACAGAAGGAACAAAUCAAGAUCCUCAAACAGCAGGAGAAGAUAAAGCGAAUUCAGCAAAUCCGAAUCGAGAAAGAGCUCAGAGCACAGCAGAUUCUGGAGGCCAAGAGGAAGAAAAAGGAAGAAGCAGCAAAUGCCAAAAUCCUGGAAGCUGAGAAACGAACAAAGGAAAAGGAGAUGAGGAGGCAACAAGCUGUCAUAAUAAAGCACCAGGAGUUGGAGAGGCAUAGACUAGAUAUGGUAUGGGAGCGGGAGAGGAGGCGGCAGCACAUGAUGUUGAUGAAGGCAAUGGAGGCUCGGAAGAAGGCCGAGGAGAAGGAGCGCUUGAAACAGGAGAAAAGGGACGAGAAGCGGUUAAACAAGGAGCGGAAAUUGGAGCUGAAGAGACUGGAGGUGGAAAUCGCCAAGGAGAUGAAGAAGCCAAACGAAGAUAUGUGUUUAGCAGACCAUAAGGCGCUGCCGGAGCUGUCGCGGGUCCCGGGGCUCCUGCUUCCGGACGGCGCCUUCGCCGACUGCCUGACGGUGAUGCAGUUCCUGCGGAGCUUCGGGAAGGUGCUGGGCCUGGACGUGAGCGCGGACGUGCCGGGCCUGGGCGUGCUGCAGGAGGGCCUGCUCAACGUGGGCGAGAGCGUGGGCGAGGUGCAGGACCUGCUGGUGCGCAUGCUGUCGGCCGCCGUGUGCGACCCGGGCCUGCCGCCGGGACACCGGACGAAAACAGCCCUGGGGGACCACUUGACCAACGUGGGGAUAAACAGGGACAACGUGUCUGAGGUCCUCCAGAUCUACAUGGAAGCGCACUGCGGGCAGACGGAGCUGGCCAUGCUGACGGAGAGCCUGAGGACCAAGGCCUUCCAGGCCCACACGCCUGUCCAGAAGGCCUCCAUCCUGGCCUUCCUGGUCAACGAGCUGGCCUGCAGCAAGAGCGUGGUCAGUGAAAUUGACAAAAGCAUCGAUCACAUGACCAAUCUAAGGAGAGACAAGUGGGUCGUUGAAGGCAAUCUUCGGAAGCUGAGGAUCAUUCACGGAAAGAAGACGGGGAGGAGGGAUGCGGGGGCCGCCGGGGGCGAGGAGGCCCAGGCCCUGGGCACGCCCACCGCCGGACGCAAGCGCAAGAGGAAAGCCGGCGACAGCGACGAGGACGACGACGAGGACAGCGACGACCAGGGCGACGAAGACGACGAGGACGAAGAGGAGGUCAAAAAGGGGAAGAAAGCGGACGCGUGCGAGGACGAGGAUGAGGGGGACCAGGCGGCCAGCGUGGAGGAGCUGGAGAAGCAGAUCGAUAAGCUGUCGAAGCAACAGAGCCAGAUCCGGCGGAAGCUGUUCGAGGCGUCGCACCUGCUGCGCUCCAUGCCGUACGGCCAGGACCGCUACAAGCGGCGCUACUGGGUGCUGCCGCAGUGCGGCGGCAUCUUCGUGGAGGGGAUGGAGAGCGCGGAAGGUCAAGAGGAGGCGGAGAAAGAGAGGGAGAAAGGGAGGAGUGCACAAAUGGUCCAGGUGAAAGAAGAGCCUCCGGAGGUCCCCGAGAAGCCCCCAGGCGUCAGCCCGGACCCCAGUUCCGAAGGGGACACGGUCACUCCGGAGAGGGUACAGGAGAAGGACUCCCCCAACCUCUUCCUCCAGAAGCCCGGCUCCUUCUCCAAGCUCAGCAAGCUCCUGGAGGUCGCCAAAAUGUCCGCCGAGUCCGAAGGCCUCCCCCAGAAACAAAAUGGCGACGCGGUGCCGACGUUGCCCACGGCGACGUCCUCCCCCACCCACGCCGCCGACCCGCCGACGCCCCUGCCCAGCAGCCCCCCGCCCGCCCUGGCGCCACCCACCGCGGGCGCCACGCCCGACCCUCCCGCCCCGCUCCCCAGCCCCGGGAAGGCCUGCAGCCCCCAGCCGCUGUUGCCCGGCGACCAGCUCCUCCGGGUCCUGACGGAGAAGAGCGGCCACUGGUUCAGCCUGCUCCCCCGCUCGCCCUGCGACGACUCCUCCCUCACCUCCGCCCCCACCCCCCCGGCCGCCUCCCCCCAGCCCGCCUCUGCCAGGCCCAGGUCCCCGCCCCCCUCCUCGCCGACGCACCUGGCAACCUCCACCUCCUCCAGCCCCCACAACCCUGUGGGAAUCAAUAACUUUGCUUUGUCAGCCUUGCAGCUGAAGCCCGGCGUUCACAUCAUGGGGCUCCCGUUCUGUGGCUGGCCCGGCGGAAUGAUGAGCGCAAACCUGUCCUUCUCCGGGGGCCCGCUGCCCCCCCUGCUGGGUGCCGGGUACCCCCCGGCAGAGGGCAACGGUAACCCCUUCCUGGCCCCCAGCGUCUCCACCAGUAAGAGUGAGUCCCCGGGCCCCCCCAGCGAGAAGCCCCCUUCUGCCGCCUCCCCCGCUGUGGAAGUGGCCAAACCGCCGGACUGUCCUGCCCCUCAGCCAAUCCCAGAAGAGCUGCUCUCCGGCUGGUGGAAGGUGGCGGACAUGGAGGAGCUGCGGACUCUGGUGAAGGCGCUGCACUCCAGGGGCCUGCGGGAGAAGGCCCUGCAGAAGCAGAUCCAGAAACACAUGGAGUGCAUCGCUCAGGCCUGCGCCAAGAACAAGGACGCCGCCGCCAUCGACGUGGCGGAGCUGGAGGAGAACCAGGUGACGGAGGAAACGGUGGAGAGCUGGUGCGUGGAGGAGCAGGCCAUGGAGGUGGAUAUUGCCGUCCUGCAGCAGGUGGAGGAGCUGGAGAGGAAGGUGACCUCUGCCAGCCUGCAGGUCAAGGGGUGGCUGUACCCCGAGCCCCAGUCAGAGAGGGAAGACCUGGUGUACCACGAGCAUAAGCCCGUCGCCAGGCUGUGUCCGGCCGGAGACAAAGAGGCCGGCCAGAGGCAGGAGGACCCUGGGGACGGCAGCAUCGUGCGGCGUGUCAACAACCCGCUAGAUAUAGCUGUAACCAGGCUGGCUGAGUUGGAGAGGAACAUCGAGAGAAGGUAUCUGAAGAGCCCCUUAAGCACCACCAUUCAGAUCAAACUGGAUAAUGUGGGUACAGUCACUGUCCCUGCUUCUGCACCAUCCAGUAGUGAUGGUGGGGAUGGAGGCGAGGAAGAGGUGGCCCCCGGCAUGAAGACGUGGCGCAAGGCGCUGGGCGAGGUGCGCAGCGCGGCCCAGCUGGGCAUGUGCAUCCAGCAGCUGCAGAAGUCCAUCGCCUGGGAGAGGUCCAUCAUGAAAGUGUACUGCCAAAUUUGCCGAAAGGGGGAUAAUGAGGAACUGCUCUUGCUUUGCGAUGGCUGCGAUAAAGGCUGUCACACUUACUGCCACAGACCCAAGAUCACAGCCAUCCCCGAGGGGGACUGGUUCUGUCCUGCCUGCAUUUCCAAGGCGAGCGGUCAAUCCCCUAAAAAUAAAAAGCUGCAGAACAGAGGAGGGGGAGGAGGAGGAGGAGGAGGAGGAGGAGGGGGAAGCGGGGGUGGAGGAGGCAGCGGGGGAGGAGGAGGAGGAGGCGGAGGAGGAGGAGGCAGCGGAGGUGCGGGAGGAGGUGGAAAGAAAAGCAGCGAACCGAAGCGGAGCAGGAAGCCUGGCGCGGUCGGGGAGGGCGCGGAGGACGAUGCUGUUAGCACAAGCAGCACUCCAAAGAAAGGAGGGAAAGACGUGAAAAAGAGGAAAGGGGAGGAGACCCCACCCCCGAACCAGCCCAAGCAGGACAGCCCCGCCCCUGCAAAGAAACCUGCCAGAGACAACAUAAAGGACCUCACUUUGUGCAGCAUCCUGCUGUCCGAGCUGGAGGGCCACGAGGACGCCUGGCCCUUCCUCACCCCCGUCAACCUCAAGUCUGUCCCUGGCUACAAGAAAGUCAUCAAGAAACCCAUGGACUUCUCCACUAUUCGAGAAAAGCUUUGUUGCAAUCAAUACCAGAAUCUGGAGACAUUCAUCAUUGAUGUCAACUUGGUUUUUGACAACUGUGAAAAAUUUAAUGAAGACAACUCCGAUAUUGGACGAGCCGGACACAACAUGAGGAAGUUUUUUGAAAGAAGAUGGACUGACCUUCUGAAGACUAACUAAGACUGACGUUACUGUACUUUAGCUAUCUGGGACCACUCAUCUCCAUGUCCAGUUCCCAGAACAGCACACUUGAGAAAGUAUUGUACUCCAAAUCUCCAAGGCACGAGGCUCAAGUCUCUUCCCCAACAAAGCAGGGCUUCGAAAUUAAGUUACUUAUACUGAUGUACAAAGCUGGUCAGGCAAGAACAGGGAGAAUGCACCCAGAGAUCUGGUCUGGAGUGCUUUAGUGCAAUACUUUUUCUUUCUAAGAAACCGCACUGAAUUCGCAACCAUCAGAGCUGUAAUAGGGAAAGGAUGCUUCCCACUAGCUACCUGUAAAUAUAUAUUUUUUUCCUUUUUAAAAAAACUGUAUUGUUAAUAUUAUAGUGAAUGUAUUUAAUUUGAAUUAUUUAUGAUUUUUAAAGGUCCAGUGUUCUUCAUUUUCUAUGAAAAGGAAGAAAUCACAAAAACUGCUUUAAAUCUAAAGGAAUGUUUUUUUUUUUUCUUUCCAAGUAUAAAACAAAGCCAAGAAAAAAAAUGUACUGUUUACAUUGUUCCGUGCAUCCGGGGCACCCGAAGACUCAUUACGGUAAUACUGUAAAGCUGCAUUUAUGUAUAAAUAUAUGUUUUUGCAUCACUUAGUUGCAAAAGGCAGUGAGACAACAGUGACACAUCUGUAUAUACUGUUCAUUAAUGUUAAUAUUAAGUCUUGUUUGGAAUAUGUAUGAUGUGUACAUAUCGUUUCAGACAUCAGAUAUUGUUUAUGCCUUAGAAUUGACUGUAGAAUAUUAUUUUAGUCUUAAAGUGAUGAUGAAUUUAUUGCUUGUACAGUAAAUAUCCUCUGCAAACACUGUGGUCUCCUUAAUCUUGGUAGUGCCUACCUUUACAACAGGGUGUAGGGGAUAUUGUUUUUGUUUCCCAUUUUUCUAUUUUUUUAAAUGUAUCCUUUUAACCCUCCCUGGCCUCAACCCUUCUGACGUAAUCAUUUUAUCCGUAUAAGCUAGAUUGCGACACACAGUAUUUUUCACAAAUGCGUUUCUCUCCAUCUACCUGUACACAGAUUCUAGGACACAGGGACACUUGUAACCAUUGUGUUUAAAUCUUUCUGUGUGUCCUGGCCUACUACAGGCAGCUAGAACAGAUUAUUAUAAUUCUUUUUUUUUUUUGUACCUGAGUGAGAGUACUUGAAGUUUUUAUUUUAAGAGCUUGUGGAAAAAAAUGUAGCAUUCUUUUUGUAGGAGCAUUAUUUUUCACUAGUGUGUGUGGCACGGAUCUAUUAAAAGGAUGUUUUUCAAA